GACAAGAUGGCGGACGGGGACAGCGGCAGCGAGCGCGGCGGCGGGUUCGGGACCGGGCGCGGCGGAGCGGGAGGAGGCGGCGGCGGGGCCGGGUCCGGAGGAGGCUCCGGCGGCGGAGCGGGCCCCGAGCAGGAGACGCAGGAGCUGGCGUCGAAGCGGCUGGAUAUCCAGAACAAGCGGUUCUACCUGGACGUGAAGCAGAACGCCAAGGGCCGGUUCCUGAAGAUCGCCGAGGUCGGGGCGGGCGGCUCCAAGAGCCGCCUCACGCUCUCCAUGGCCGUGGCCGCCGAGUUCCGCGACUACCUGGGCGACUUCAUCGAGCACUACGCGCAGCUCGGCCCCUCCAGCCCCGAGCAGCUCGCCCAGGCCGCCGGCCCCCCCGGCGAGGACGGCGCCGGCCCCGGCCCCCGCCGCGCCCUCAAGAGCGAGUUCCUGGUGCGGGAGAACCGCAAGUACUACCUGGACCUGAAGGAGAACCAGCGCGGCCGCUUCCUCCGCAUCCGCCAGACCGUCAACCGCGGCCCCGGCGGCCCGGGGGGGUUCCCGGGCGGUCCCCCCGGGCUGCAGAGCGGCCAGACCAUCGCGCUGCCGGCGCAGGGCCUCAUCGAGUUCCGCGAUGCUCUGGCCAAGCUCAUCGACGACUACGGAGGGGAGGAGGACGAGCUGGGCGGCCCCGGCGGCGGCGGCCCCGGCGGGGGGGGGCUCUAUGGGGAGCUGCCCGAGGGCACGUCCAUCACGGUGGACUCGAAGCGCUUCUUCUUCGACGUGGGCUGCAACAAGUACGGCGUGUUCCUGCGGGUGAGCGAGGUGAAGCCGUCCUACCGCAACGCCAUCACCGUCCCCUACAAGGCUUGGGCCAAGUUCGGCGGCGCCUUCUGCCGCUACGCCGAGGAGAUGCGCGACAUCCAGGAGCGCCAGCGGGACAAGCUCUACGACCGCCGCGCCGGCCCCCCCGGCCCCGGCAGCGGCAGCGGCGCCGGCGACGACUCGGACGGCGACGACGUGGACGACGACUGAGCCCCGGAUCCCGCCGCCGGCCCCUUCCCCGACACCCCGACGACACCCUCAGACACCCCCCCCCCCAAAAAAAAACCCGACACCCCCCCCCCCCCCCCCAACGCCACCGGAGAGAGGGAGAGACCGGCCCGACCGCGACGGCGCCGCCGAGGACUCGCUGCUGGUUGCUGGGGGGGGGGAGCGACCGGAUCCGAGCCCGGCCCGCGCCGAUGGAGCCACCGGGGGCACCACCGAGACCAGCCACGUGCCGACACCAGCGCCGGGGGGGGGGCAGCGGCAGAGCCGGCGGAGCCGGGGCGGGGACACACAUGGACCAACGUCCGUUCCCUCUUCUGUAUUCCCCCCGUUUCCCCUCUUCCCCCUUUAUUUACCUUUCCCCCCCCUUUAUUUCCCCUUUUUCCCCUUUAUUUCCUCUUUUUCUCUCUUUAUUUCCUCUUUUCCCCCUUCGCAUUCCUACUUCUCCCCCUUUGCUUUCCCCGUUUUCCCUUUUCGCCCCUUACUUUCCUUCUCCUUUUACUUUCUUUUUUCCCCCUUUAUUUUCCUUUUUUACCUUUUAUUUUCUCUCUUUCCCCUUUUCUUUCCCUCCUUUCUUUCCCCUUUUCCCUCUUUCUCCCCCUCUUUCCUUUCUAUUUUCAUCUAUUUCUCCCCUUUAAUCCCCCCCCCAUUCCCUUCCUUUCCUCCCCUCUCCUUGCCAGGUUUUGGGGAUGCAAACUGCUCCCCCCCCCAGCUCCAGGCCCGCAGGUUCCUCGGGAUUGAGGAUUUCCCACCGGGAUCGCACAAGGGAAGCUCGACCCGGCACCAAACCUUCCCCUUCUCCCCACACGGCGCCAACACCCGCCUCUUCCACCGGGAUUCGAGUUUCCUCCCGCAGCACCGACCUCAGGCGGCGGCGCCGGUGGGAUCCGGACCUUUUUUUUGGGGGGAUUUUUGAGGAUUUUUCCCCCGUCUCUUUGAUCCCUUCGCUCCGGUGCUGCCCCCGCCGGGGCCCCCCCAUCGCCUCGCGCAUUAAAACGGAGUUUUCCACUCUCAAAUCGUCUUUUUUUCCCCCCUUUUUUUGGCUUUUUUUUUUUCUGUUGCUGGUUGUUGCCUGGUUUUUAGCUCACUCGGCCCUCCCAGCCCUGCGCUUUCCCAGCGCCUCCGGACUGAGCUGGGCUCCAGCGCUCUUCAUUCCAAAGUUUCCCGCUCUCAUCCGAUGGCUUCUCCACGUUGAGGACUUGAGUUUUCCUGGUUUUUAUGGAGUUUUUCCCGCUGUUUUUCGGGAGCCGCCGCCGCCGCCUCCUUAAUUUAUUGCCGCGGAUCCCGGCGGAUCCCUCUCUCCGUAUUUAUUGGGGAGCCCUCGCGCAGCGGAGGGGGGGGAUGCCGACACCGUGUCCCUCCUCACCCCACCGGAGCAGCACUCGGGGGGUGUGGGGGGGAGACGUUGUCCGUCCAUCCAUCCGUGUGUCCUCCGCUGCCGCCGUCGCUCUUCCCGAGGGAUUUUUAACGUGGAUUUCUUCCUUUCGUCCCGUUUUUAAGCCCGGUUUUCCUCACUCAACACGGGAGCAAUAGUCUUUUAUCUCGGUGUCCCACCCGCGUCCGUACUGUAUUUUGUACCCGAAGGCAGCUCUCAGUGACGUCCUGCUGGACCCCCCCGCUCCGCUCUUCCCGCUCCUUCCUCAAGCACGGAGGAGAUUCCCGGGGGGAAGCGUGGCUCCGCCGUGCCGGACUCAGCGGCGGGCGCCGGCGCCAGACGCAGGCGGUACCUCUCCUUUCAUUUUUGAAGAGGAUGAGCUCUACAUAUAUAUAUAUAUAUAUAUAUAAACGAUAUAUAUAUAUUCCUAUAUUUUGGGGCUGAAUUGCAGGAAUUUAGCCUUGCCUUUCGACGCCGGCCCGGCUCGAAACCCAUGGGAUACAUGGAAUAGGAGGAAAAACAAAACCAAGAGGCAGAUAAAGCCAAAAAGGAGAACAAAAUCCAUCCGACAGCGCAGGCGGGAGCCGGGGCCGCGGCGGCGUCGGCAGCACGAAGCCUUUCUCCAGGCGGAGAAGCGCCGGCUCCAUGUGGGAAGCUUCCAUUUGCCACCGCAGGAGAUGGCUGAGAAGAGCAGAGAGCCAAAAGAGGCCAAAAGAUCCCCCCGAAAAGAUGGAAGCGGGAGGAAUGCCAGCGGCGUUUGGGAGGCACGGUGCAGAGCAGGAGCCGCGGCGCCAGCCAGGACUCGGGUGGCUGCUCCAAGGGGGGGUUUUGGGAAAAUCCAAAAAGACGGAAGCGGGAGCGAGCGCUGACGGUACAGGAGCUGAUGCCGCGCCGGGACAGCAUUCCCGGUGGGAGAUGCCAACCCCCGUGGCUCGGAGGGAGAGGCUGGAGCCGUCGCGGAGCCGGUCAGGCCCUGCAGCCCGGCGCUGGAACGGCUCUCUUGGAUCAAGCCGAGAUGGGAAGAGGGGAACAGCAUCUUGGAGGCGGUGUUGGAACCAGCAGAACGUGCCGGCGGGUCGAUGCUGGAACAGCCCUGGAUCCUCCGGGAUGAGCCGGGAUCUGCCCGACCCGUUCCCCCCUCCCCUGCCCCCGACGUCCCUUGAGAAAGAAGAAAGUUUUAUUCCUCUUAUUUUUUUAAUGAAAGAAAAACAAAAAAGAAACCAGAUGCACUUUAGGCAGCCCAGCGUGGGGCUGCCGGGGGGGGGUGUCCUGCGCCCCCCCCUUUGCUUCCUUCCUUCCCUCCCUCGUCCCUCUGCGGCCGGCGGUUGCCGAAGGCAGGGCUCGGAUCCCUGGAUCUUACCACUAGCGCCAGACGACGCCCGACGUGAGGAGCUCCUCGUGCCUCUGCUCCUCUCCUCCCCCAGUAGCAGAUUUUUGCAAAUGGAGUUUUACAAGUCUAUAUUUAAAGAAUUGUAUGUUUGUAACAAAUAAAAAGUAUGCGGAAAAGUGAAUGGAAAACAAAAACCACCAAA